AUGUUUUCACCUGACGGAGCUUUCAUCAACACGAGCGAGAUACUCAGCGAUGCCGAGGCUCAAGCCAUCCACAACAGAGUUCAGGACGAGGUUGCCGCUGGGAAUAUUGCUGACGGACGUGUGGGAAAGUUCAAAGACGAUCCUCAAUCCGCAGCAGCUAAAGCAUAUGCCGAUUCAGAAGUUUCCAGGCGACUGCGCGCGGCUAUUUUACAGGCUGAAACUAAAGCUAGGGCCGGACAGGGAGAUGAGGAUGCAGCUGACUCAUUGGACGAUUCUGAAGCAUCUGCAACACGACUACUGGAACAGUACAAAGAUUUUGUCCUCUCCAAGCUGCCUGUAUCAGAGGAAGUUCAGAGCCAGAUACGCGGGCUGUUUCAACAAUACGGUUGGCCAACAGUCUGGCAGUCUCUUGACUCAAUCGAGGGCUGCGGAGAUGGUCCUACAUCGACUUGGCAAGAUGUGGACAAUGACCUGCUCGUGAGGCUAGGGGACGAGAAACUGCUGGGAAUGAACAAGAUAGCAGAGUACGUUUUCAUUGGUAUGCGAGUCAGUCAGUGUCGUGACCAGUAUAAUUUUCUGACAACGGAAUGA